GCCCCCGCCGGCGCACCUGGGUGACGUCAGCGGCGCUCACCUGCGAUGGCGGCGGGGCGGCUCCUCCCGCUGCUGCUGCUGCUCCUGGGGGGCCCGGGGGGCUCCGCGCGGGACCCCCCGAGCGGCCCCGCCGCCCUCGCCGCCCGGUGCCGGUUACCGGCGCUCACCGGCCGCUGCCGCGCCUCCAUCCCGCGCUGGUUUUUCAACGCCUCCUCCGGGAGCUGCGAGAGUUUCGUGUUCGGCGGCUGCGGCGGCAACGGGAACAACUUCGGGAGCGAACGGGAGUGCCGGGAGAGCUGCGGGGAGACACCGGGCACCGCUCCCUCCAGCCCUGCCAGCACCAACUCCACCUUGGCAGAGCUGUGCUCGGCCCCGCCGGUGACGGGCCCGUGCCGGGCGGCGUUCCCGCGCUGGUUUUACGUCCCGGCGGAGAAAUCGUGCCGCGAGUUCACCUACGGCGGCUGCCGCGGCAACGCCAACAACCACCGCGACGAGCGCGAGUGCCUGCGCCGCUGCCGGCCCCAGGGUGAUUUCGGCGACGAAUUCCAGAGAUUCUUCUCCUCCAAAGGGCUGGCGCUGGUGGCCGCGGUGGCCCUGGUGGCCGCGGUGGCCGCGGGGCUGAGGCUGGCGCGGAGCCGCUGCCGGGGGACGCCGCGAGCGCCGGGAGCCGCCGGGGGCGAGGACCGCGAGCGCCUGAUGAAGGAGCCCUACCCGGCCUGAGAGCCCCAAAAGGGCCCCGAAUCAGCCCAAAAAAUGGCCCCAAAUCCCCCAAAAUCUGCCCAAAAACAAAGCCCCCAAAAACCCCCGGGAGCCUCCCGCAGCCGCCGCUGCCGCCGCUGAUUUUUAGGGAUUUUUGGAGGGAAUAAAUGGAAUUUUGGGAGAGGUGGGUGGGGGAAAAUACCCUAAAAAAACCCCAAAAAAUCUCAAAAAAUUCCCCAAAAAAUCCCCCAUAAUUUUAAAAAAUAAUUUAAAAAAUUAUAAUUAAAAAAACCACAAAAAUUCCCCCAAAAAAACCCCAAAAUCCCCCAAAAAUUCCCCAAAAUCUCCUCCCCGAGCCGCUCCUGGCAAUGAUCCAGGCUCUGAUUUUUAGUGAUUUUUGUAGGGAAUAAAUGGAAUUUUGGGA